CAGUCAGCCCAGUACGCCUGCGUAGUGUAGUCGUGCCGAUAGUUCCGUGAGUGCCCACCGCACGCGAUAGCGCUAGUGUCUGUUAUUGUUAUUUGUUACUGUCCAUUGUCUGGCCAACUACCCGCUACCGAUACCGAUGUUUUUACCGGCUGUGUACCUUCUGAAGGAUGUAGUGUUUAGUGAUCUGUGACUUCCCGAGUCUGUGGAACUGAUUAAAGGUAGACAUGCCGCCCAACGCGGACGACGAGGAGCGGCGACUGAAGGUUGUCCAGGGUCUCACCAUCAAUGGAUCGCCCUGGAGGCACAGUGUCGAGCCUGAUGUCGUCUCUAAGCCACGGCCGCCCCUCUACAACCCUGAGGACUACGCCAUGUCGCUGCGUAAGUGGGGUCGCCGCCAAGAGGACACCAAGCCGGGCAUCAUCACCCUCAGCACCCCUCAGUCGGGGGAGAUGAGCCUACGACAGUUCGCCUCAGUCACUGACCUGCUGAACAAACUCAAACUGGACCUCAAACUGGCCCUUAACAGUUUCGUCCAAGAGUUUGUGGGAGACCCUGUAGACGGAGUGACUCUGCUGCUGGAGUUACUGAGGAGUAUUCAACUGUCCCAGGCAUCUCACAACGGAAGAGUACCUGCUCCUGUGUUGAGAAGAUGUCUGCUGGACGAGCAUGCAUGUCUACAAUGUCUCCGCAGUUGUCUGCGUUGUCAGGACGCACCGCGGAGGUUUGCUUCGUCCCCUGCAGGACUGUUUACACUCGCAGUAUGCAUUAUGAGCAACGUCAACAAGUCUAGGAUACUUGCUCUAGAGUUGCUGACAAAGACUUGUGAGCAGCCAGGGGCCAAGGGCUACGGACCCGUCUCUGACGCAAUGUCUACCAUGAGGCUCAGGUUUGGAGAGCCAGUCAGGUUUAGAUUCCUGGUAGGCAUGUUGUCAGGAGCUUGCCCAGACCUGUUGGCUGCUGGGCUACAGUUCAUCAACACGUUCGUAGAGACAGCACCCAGUGAGCAGCAGCGCUUCUACAUUCAAGCAGAGCUGGACCAGGCCGGCCUCAAACCUGGCAUACUGGCCAAGACUCUCCCCAGCAAGGCACCAGGUGUGGAGACAGUACGUGCUGAGCUGGCUCGCUGGGACAGGAACUUCAUAGAUGUAGCAGCACUGCGAGCAAAGUCUGACGAUGUCAUUUCAGAGGUCAAGUCCCUGAAAGAGAAACUCACCGUGUUAGAGCGAAGAGUCCAGAUUCUGCAAGAGGAGAAGGGUGUUCUCAAGUCUCGCUGCUCGGAGCUUGAGAGUGAAGUGAGCUCCCUGCGAGUUCCGUCAAGAGCUCACAACAAGGAUGGCAGCGGCUCAACGCCAGCCGAGGACGAGGGAAUCAGCUCCUCCGACCAGGAUGAAGAAGACAUUGAGAGGGAACCACUUGUGUAUGAAAUGUUCAAUGUACAAAACGACACCAUACUCUUGAACAACGGGCGGGAGACUAACGUUGAUGUGAAGGACGAAGAAGAAGAAACAACUAUUGAGGAGGUGAUGGAGGAGCUACAGAACAUCAUCAACGACGCAGAGACGGACUUGUGUGACAGGAGAGGCAGAGGUAGUAGAGAGGAGGAGACGUUGGCUAAACACUUCCAACGGCUCACACACAGAUCCAACACAGACCUGACCUGUGAGGCUCUCAUACUGGACGACGAAGCGGACAUCGUUCCUCAGAGACUCCUCCCUCAACCACCCAGGAGGUCUAGGAGCCUGUACCUGCUUGGACGAGACUAUGACGAUCACAAUCCGUUCUUUGAGGAUGAAGACAGUAUUGAUAACUCUGACUCUCUCCUUAGCACGUGCAAGGAGCCAAGCACCAUCGAGCACUCGGAGGUCGGAAAGCCAGCGAUCAAGCGACGAGAGACGAUGAUUAUAGCCGACCGAGGAGAGCCAAAGUCCUCAAUACGGCGUCGAGAAACAUUCCACCAUCAGAGAAUCGCUCCACAAAUCGUCCAAAAAGAAAUCCUCCCCGAGAUCAAAGCAAGAAGGGGAAGUUUUGACGGCCUCUUUUACGUCACUGACGUCCAAAACACCUAUUUCGGCUCUGACGAAUCAGGUAGACCAAAACAGGGAACGACGGUGUACAUCGACACAGCAAAAGAAACAAAGAAGCUAAAGUCAAAAAGCUUGGAUAGGAUCGGGGAAGGAUUGGAUAGCCUUGUCGAUAUUGUUGUAACAUCCGAUACGAACGUCCGAGACGAACAAAGAGUGAACAAUUCUUCGGUUGUGAUCGUCUCUCGUAGUCCUAGCAACCGAGUGAGGGAGUACAGACCUCAAAUGAGAGAGGAAAAACCUAUAGAGAGGUCGGUGUUCUUGCCUGUUCGCAACUCUUCACCCACGGAUCAGAAGUUUGUGCUAAAACGAGGUCACACCAAUGCUGGACUGUACUCUGGGCAACACCACAUCAGGGAGCCGAACCUAGUCCCGACCAAUAGAGUCAAGACAAUGUCUGAGCUGUACAACCGAGGGUUCAACAGUCUGCAUCAUGUAAAUCUCAGCAUCUCCUCAGGAAAACUGAUGGACUUACCCUCUGGACUGUACUAGGCCAGCUCAAACUGUUGCUUGCAUGGUAUACAAUGUUGUUGGACACUUAACUGUAAAAUACUGGUAAUGAAAUAGCUGUUGCAAAUAAUAAUAACGGGUUUUAAAUCACAAAGACAAAUAUUGAUAACACAGUUGAUUCAAGGUUUUACAAAAAGAUCUAGAGACAAGAACAACUUAAAACAACAACGUUUUCAUAA